AUGAAUGGAGGAGAAUUCGCUGAUCAGAUCCCGAAACUCCUCCGCCUCUUUAUCCACCACAUCCGAUUCGCCGUACCCGAAGUACCACUUCCCGACGACCAUCCGAAGCAUGGUGUUGAAGGCGAACCCUCUGAAUUUCGAGCUCAGAUUCACCCUUCGUUUGAACCCGGAUCUGCCUCUAUGGAGAGUUCCGUCAACAUCAACAUCGAAAGUACAAUUAGUCAAAAGAUAUGUCCACAUACCUUGUAUCUUUCCAGCAUCUCGUCGAGGAAAGCAGAGCAGAAUUCGACGGCCCACUCCUUCCGACGAUUGAAAUUGAUUAUGAGGGCAUUCAUGGCGGACAGGGUAUCAUCGCUGCUACGUCUGAACUUUUUAGACGCUGCAGCGGCAAAUCUCUCCGCCGAUGGCGUUGAUACGAAUUGGGUAUCGUUGAAUUCGAGGGUUGGGUAG